AUGGAUGUCCAAGCAUGGUUUUUGAGAACUUCAAAGUUGGCUCUUGCCCUGGCAAUUAUCCGGUCAAAACCAGCAGACAAAAGCAGCAGAGAAUAUACAGAACAUCUUGCAAUGGUGGUGUCUGGGCAGGAGUCUAAGUGGAGAUCAAAAGUCAAAGCCUUGGAAGCUGAAGUUCUGCAAUUACGCCAGAAACUUCUUCUGAGCAGGAUUUAUUCAGGAUCUUUUAAGAAUGAACAUGAUAUCAUUGAAAAUUUGCAGACUCAGAAACCUAGAAGCUCUGAAACUAUGUCAACUCUGCUGGAAGAUUCUGGGUGUGAUUUGUCAAAUGAGCACCAAACUGAAGCUUCAGAGACAUCCCAGCAUUUUGUGGAGAGAAGCCCCCUGACACCUUUUCCACCACUGCCCAUUAUGAAAAGACAUUGUGCCACUCCUGAAAACCCCCUGUCUUCUCACAUGCAAUUCUUGCAACAUCUACUUGAGUUGAAGAAUGUGGCAGAAUCAGACAUUCUGAAAACAGAUUUAAGCCAGUUUGAAAAUGACUAUUCUGUGGUAGCCGAUUCUGUUUCUCAGUUGCUGGAUGGCCUGAUAACUUUUUACAGUAAUCCCAAAAUUCCCUUUUCAAGCUUUUGGACAGAAGCUGUUUGUACUUUAGCUAGGCUGUUCAGUGAUUAUAAUUUAUCUAAUCAUAUCCUUAAAAAGUGUUCCAAAAAGUUGGAAGAAUUUGAGAAAACUAUACUACAGGUUAUUUUAAGGAACAAGAAUAUUAAUCGGUUUCAGGUGCAGCAUUAUAUUUCUCAGAGUCUGGUCACACUAGGAAGUUGCAGCUUACUGAGAAAAUCUAUUAUAUCUCUGCUUCUAUCAGAAGUAAACAGCUUCAUUGAUGACCUGGAAACCAUUAAUCAGGUACAAGCCAGUUAUGAUGUGAUGCGCUAUGAAAAUAUGUUCUUCCUCUUCUGGGUUCUGGAACAACUUCUUCAAAAGGAAACUGAAGAAGGCAACACUUCAAGUAGAAGGCAUGAUGACCAAGAAAUAAAGAAAUUUCUUCAAAAACAUGAUCAAACUAUUUUCCAACUCUCUGAUUCGUUCCCUUUAUUUACUUUUUACUUAUGGAGACUGGGCAUUCUCUUUAACUCAGCAGAGAUAGGAAGUACUGAAAAUAACUCACUUCCUUAG